AUGGAAAAUCCUAAUAGUGAUUUUUAUCUACGUUACUAUGUUGGACAUAAAGGAAAAUUUGGUCAUGAAUUCUUAGAAUUUGAAUUUAAUGGAAAUGGUCGUUUACGUUAUUGUAAUAAUUCUAACUAUAAAAAUGAUACUAUUAUAAGAAAAGAAUGUGGUGUCAAUAAAAUUGUCCUCGAUGAACUUAAACGUAUUAUAGAUGAUUCUGAGAUUCUUAAAGAAUCAGAUGAACAUUGGCCAGAAGCAAGUAAUAUUGGAACUCAGGAACUUGAAAUUCUUUAUAAUGGAGAACAUAUCUCUUUUCAAACUUCAAAAAUUGGUGCCAUUCAAGAGGUUAAUGAAUGUGAUGAUGCUGAUGGUUUAAGAGUUUUUUAUUAUUUAACACAAGAUUUGAAAUGUUUAGUUUUAUCAAUAAUUUCACUUCAUUUUAAAAUUAAACCAAUAUAA